GUGCUGUGCCUGCUCUGCACCACGCGGCCCCUGUCCUGCCCCUGCUCCCCCAGCUGAGCAGGGUGGGGGGCCCUGGGAGCUCAUUCCCUGGUGGCAUGGCCGGGAAAGCCAUGCGCAAAGACAAGGCGGUGCCGGGGUGAGUGUGGGGUGAGCAUGGGGAUGAGCAUGGGUAUGACCUCUCCCAGCGGUGCUGCAGUGCCUGCCCAUCUGGGGGUCGCCCAGACCACCUGUGUGUACAAGCUGGUGGCAGUGCCAAAGCGCCUCGGGUCUGUGGUGGCUCAGAGGCUGCGGGAAGCCGCGUUGCAUCCCGGUUGCUGUGGAUGCUGCACUCCCUGACCCCCCCCGGGGCUAAUUAUUACUGCUGGGGCACUGGUGGGCUGGGCUGUGGCACCCUGGGGAGGGCUGGGGGAGGAGGUGGUGCUGUCUGAGCUCCGUCUCGCUUUCCUUGCACCCCCCAGGCUCAGCCAUGCGCAGCCACAGAGAGGGGCAGAGCACCUGGAGGCAGCGUGCUGCGGGCACAGGGCAGCACGCCCCUCGCACCACUGCUGCUCAAGGUCCCUGGCUGUGGGGCACAAGGUGCCGGGGGGCGGGCGGGAGCUGGCUGGGUCCUGCCCCUCUGCAGGGCACGCGUGUGUCCAUGGUGCCUCUGUCAGAGCCUGGCUAAUGGCACAGCUGGCCAGGGGCCAGGCUGCUGCCUGCUGGGGCUCUCCUGCUGCCCGAGGGGCUGCGGCACAGCCUGCCCACUGCCCCGCAGCCACGGUGCGCUCACCCUGUGCCUGUCUGGCCUGCAGCCCUCAUCCCUCAGCCAGGAUCCUGGUCAGGGCUGAGGUGCCCGGUGAGGGCUGCUGGACCUGCUGCCAGGUGGGGAUGGUGCCUCCGGUCCCGGUGCUUGGCCCUGGAGAAGCUCAUUAGCGAUGCUCCCGCCUCCUGCCCGCGGUCCCUGCGGAGCGGGGCAGUGAGUGCAGGAGGCUCUAAUGGCUCCACGAGGCUCCUGAUGGGCCGCAAUGGAGGCGGGAGCAGGAGGGGCUGUGGUUUCUGCCUCAGACAGCGCCGGAGCUGCCUCUGCCCAGGGAUGGCGGGGAAGAUGCCGGGUGGGCUCCUGCUCCGGCUGCUCCUCGCCGCUGCUCUGUGCCCCGGCAUCCUCGGGACAGGUACGGCCCCUUUGCCCCUGCUCCCUGAGGCUGGGGUAGGCACUGCCCAUCCGACCCCUCUUGGCUGGGACCACGUCCCCUGGGCUGCUCCCCACCAUCCCCAGCUGGAGGCUGUGCGGUCAGGGCGGGGAGGCAGUGGUCCGUGCUGGGGAUGGGAGCCAGGGGUGGUGGUGCCGGAGCUGGUCCCGCUGCAGCACAGCUGUGGGGUGAGAGGCACUGCCCUUGUGGGGCAGGGGGAACCAGGGAGACCAGCACUGGGCUGCCGGGCUGGGCUUUGCCCUCCCCUCCUGCUCGUGCCCUUCCCUGGGAGCGUGCCGGUGCCGCAGCCCCGUGCCCACCGCUCCUGCCGCAGCCUCGGUGCAGAACCUGCACCUCUGCGAGGGCUACGCCGGCCCCGACGGCCGCUACCACCCCGGCUUCUACUGCCCGCGCCUCACCGACCCGGCCACGCACCGGUACUGCUGCCGGCACGGCCCCCACGCCCUCAAGUCCUGCUGCUCACAGGGGGCUGUGGAGGCCCUCACCGGGGUGAACCUCUCCAGCCUCCCCGUGCCUGGCCUCCUCCGGAACCCCCUGGCCCUGCCCUUCGUGGGGCUCUACGGGCUCCUGGUCCUCGUCCUCAUGGCCCUCGACCUCGUCCACUUCUACCGCACCAAGCGCUGCAGCCUCGGCCGCCUCCUGCCCUGCGGCCGUUGCCCUCCCCGCGGCUCCCCGGCCCCCGGGGGGCUCCUGGCGCCCGGCCCCGCAGCCCCGGCCCCCCGUGCUCCUGGGGGGCGGCGUAGGGGUCCCAGUGGCUG